UUGAACAUGCGUAUGUGAAUGUCAUUUUAAAACAAAACUGUUUAUGGUGAACCAUUCCUUGAAAAUAAGACACUUGGUGGCAAACCAAUUACACAGUGGGUUUUUUGUACCUGGCUUGAGGAAUUCGCAGCUCAUUAUUGACAUUCUCAGAAAUCAGCUGCUUGUGAGGGGCGCACAAACAAAAUCCCAUCAUGCACUGUGACGCUAAAAGAGCUGCAUUGAUCUGCAGAGCAGUUCCCCCAACAUCCGAACUGUCAUUGAUUCCCCACAAUGCACCAUAAAACUCAUGGAGACGAGGGCUCUUGCUCUAGAUCCGCUGAGGUUGUAUCCGGGGUCUGGUCCAGUGCUUUGGGCUGGCCUGGAGUCGAUCCGCUGCGGUGGAGCCGGCUGCUGAUUGGGGCCCUGGGGCCGUGGGCAGCUCGAUGCAGUGAAGGGCGAAGCGUCCCUGGAUAUCGUGCUAUAAAAGCCUGAGCUGGUCCUGAGCGGGGAAAGGGAAUGAGGAGCUGGCUUCGACAAGGCAAGAAGUUUAGAUUGUUUCAUCAUCAAAGAGGCGUUCCAGAGUGUACAGCAGCCCCAGUGGUCAUGGAGGACAGUGACCGCGAGGCCGACUCGGCGUCAGAUGAGCAGGACUCUAUGCCAGCGUCGCCUGAGCCCAGGCUGCAUGAGGUGGACAAGCACUUCCCUAAGGAAGACUCGGAGGACUCGGAGCUGGAGCACAUCAUGGGACAUCACCCGCUGGCCCACCACGGGCCCCAUAGGGCCGAUAGUGAGGGCGAGGGUCACAGCAGACCCCACACCCCGGGGACGCCCUCCUUCCUGAGGCCCGCGGCCGCGCCCAGGGGCCCCGGAGACACAGAGCACGAGUCCAGAUGCGGGGCUCAGCGGGGCCGAGUGGACUUUAGCCUGCCGUCUCCCAUCAGCCCAUCCAGGCCUAAGAGCCCCUGGGGCCGCUAUGACCCCUAUGACUCGACUGAGGACCAUGACAAGGAGUAUGUGGGAUUUGCGACUUUGCCAAACCAGGUUCACCGCAAAUCUGUGAAGAAGGGCUUUGACUUCACUUUAAUGGUAGCAGGAGAGUCAGGUUUGGGAAAGUCCACCCUGGUCAACAGUCUGUUCCUGACAGAUCUCUACAAAGACAGAAAUCUGCUCAAUGCUGAAGAGAGGAUCACUCAGACGGUGGAGAUCACCAAACACACGGUGGACAUCGAGGAGAAGGGCGUCAAGCUGAAGCUCACUAUCGUGGACACACCAGGAUUCGGGGACGCUGUCAAUAACACUGAAUGCUGGAAGUCGGUGGCAGACUACAUCGACCAGCAGUUUGAGCAGUACUUCAGAGACGAGAGCGGACUGAACCGCAAGAACAUCCAGGAUAACCGUGUGCACUGCUGCCUGUACUUCAUCUCGCCCUUCGGUCACGGGUUACGGCCUCUGGAUGUGGAGUUUAUGAAGGCUCUUCAUGAGAAGGUCAACAUUGUUCCUGUACUAGCUAAAGCCGACACGCUCACCCCAGCGGAGGUCAAGAAAAAGAAAAUCAAGAUCCGAGAGGAGAUCGAGCAGUACGGAAUAAAGAUCUACCAGUUUCCAGACUGUGAUUCAGACGAGGAUGAGGACUUCAAACAGCAAGACCAAGAGCUCAAGGACAGCAUUCCCUUCGCUGUGAUCGGCAGUAACACAGUAGUGGAAGCCAAAGGCAAGAGGGUUCGAGGACGUCUGUACCCCUGGGGAAUUGUAGAAGUGGAGAACCCCGCGCACUGUGACUUCGUGAAGCUGAGGAACAUGUUGGUCCGAACACACAUGCAGGAUCUGAAGGACGUGACCCGGGAAACACACUACGAGAACUACAGAGCGCACUGCAUCCAGAGCAUGACCCGCAUGGUGGUGAAAGAGCGCAACCGCAAUUGAGGCGGAUGCAGGAGAUGCUGCAGAAGAUCCAGGAGCAGAUGCACACG